ACCUUUUGUCAUCCAUGCCCAUUGUCAGAGUCUGGAGAUGACCUUUUCUUUUCUUCUCCUUCCUUCUCUCUUUCACCGUCGACUACAAGCUGUUGCUCUGUCCCUGCGGUCACUCCCUCUCUUGUCUGCUCCUCUCCACUCCUCUCCACUCCUCCCCUCGCUCUCCAUCUCCAGCUCCCUCUCCCCACCUGUUCAGCAGACCUUAUUGUCUCUUCCUAUUGUGUUUUCUCUGCUGGUGAGGGUCCCGCCUCCUUUCCUCCGUGUUUUCCUCCUCCCUCCGGGUCACUCCCUCUGUUUUCUCUCUCUCCCUGCUGGUAUAAAGCUCUGGCAGAAGAGGAGGGGAGUGAUGAAGGCCUCUGCGGGGAUCGCCCAGCUCUCCAAACCUCCUCCAGUUCCAGAGGACCAGACGCCGAUCCCCUUUCUUUCCCCUCUAGGAAGAGCAGAUGGACCCAGGAGUGUCUGUGUCUCUCUGGUGUGAGGAGGCCGAGGAGGACCAGAGGGCUGCUCCUCAGACCGAGGAGGACCAGAGGGCUGCUCCUCAGCUGCGAGCCGCCUGGGACCCCUCGGUGUCGGGCCACCGGGUGAUCCAGAGGCUGCUCCACCUGGAGGAGAGGUACCUGCCCUCCGUUCUCUACGUCAGCCUCAUCCAGCGGGAGCCGCAGCGCCGGGAGGAGCUCGCCAAAUGGGCCCUGGAGGUGUGCUGUGACUGUGGCUGCGACGAGGCGGUCUUCCCGCUGUCCGUCUCCCUGAUGGACCGUUACCUGUCUGCCUACCUGUCCCUGCCCGUCUCACCCUACUGCCUGGCUGCCGGAUGCAUCCUGAUCGCCUCCAAGCUCACCGAGUGCCACACCGUCAGCGCAGACGCCCUCUGCGCCGCCGCUGAGCUCAGCUUCCAGCCGUCAGACCUGCGGGAAAUGGAGCGCCUCAUCCUGGCCGCCCUCCGGUGGGACACGGCAGCAGUGACUCCUCAGGACUUCCUCCCACACUUCCUGGCCUCCAUGGAGGAACGAGGAGGACCUCAGCAGGAGCUGCUGUCCACCCUGAGGCGGCACGGCGACACGCUGGCCGCCCUCUGCGUCUGUGACUCCCGUUUUCUGGGAGCCCCUCCCUCACUUGUUGCUGCGGCAUCACUGAACUGUGCGCUCGGAGGCCUGGGCGGCCAUUGCUCGGCUCAGCCGGCCGUCAUGAGUGCGCUGCUGGCCGAGCUGUGCCGUACGGAUGUGGCAGUGCUGCAGUGCUACAGCGAGAUGAUCGAACUGGCCCUCAGACAGCGGCUGAGGAGCGGGCUGCAGCCGGGCCCCACGGAGAAGGACCAGGAGGUGGAGGAGGAAAGGCCUGGGACGCCUACGGACAUGACAGAGAUCGACUUCUGAGCGUUUAAAUCAAACAAAACCUUUAAAUUCAUCAGUCAAACUGAUAUAAAUACAUUCAGCAUGCUCUAAUAUAACUUCUUAAUUUAUUUUAUGUCUUAUUUAUUUGUGAACAUUGCAUGCACCAUGUGCCAUACCUACUUAACUGGUAAUUUUAUUGUAUACGCUGGUAUUGUUUCAAUGUUUCAUAUUUAUAUAAUUAUUUAUAAUCAUGUGCAAUUGUUCACUUUUCUAUGUUGUUAAUUUAUUACAAUUGUGCUUUUGGAGAAAUGAAA